CCUCUGCCCGCCCUCCUUCAGACUGUCAUGGCGGCGCCCUUUCCGAGGAUCAGCGAAAUUGCCGGGCGAGAUGGACUUCGUGAUCCUCUUCGGCCUGUAUCUUGGCCUGGUGCUGCUCAGCGCGGCGGUCUGUGUCUCCUCCCGACGGGAACAAAGCUUCUCUUGGAGACUCAUCAGGGGCACAACUCAAAUGUGGAAGAUUGGCUCAGCAAUGACCCUUUCCAUCUUAGGGCCUCUUGAAUUGCUGAUUGACAAGGUGCUCUCCUAUGUAAUUCCAGCUCCAGUUCAUAGAGCAGCUCAGAAGGCAAUUCAUGGACUCUUCCAUUCCCGAAAUUCUUUCUUUGUGGUCCUGCACUUGAUCUUGGAAGGGCUGGUUUAUGGCGAGUAUACCUGGGAAGUGUUCAUCUACGGCCAAGAGCUGCAGUUCAGCAGGCUCAUCCUCCUCCUUCCUUACCUCCUGUUGGCUGUGAAUGCCACUUUCUUCAUCCUCUGCUCCAAAAGUAACCCAGGUAUCAUCACCAAAUCCAACCAGCUUCUCUUUCUGAAUGCAUAUGCAUAUGACGGUCUGAUGUUUCAACAAGAUGCUGAAUGUCCUACCUGCGCAGUGAGAAAACCAGCCAGAUCCAGGCACUGCAGUGUGUGCUGUGGCUGCAUACAUCGUUUUGAUCACCACUGUGUUUGGGUCAACAACUGCAUUGGAGCCUUCAACAUCCGGUUCUUCCUUUGCUACCUGCUGACUUUGACCUCCAUGGCUGCUUCUAUUGCAGCUGUAACAGCUGGCUUUCUCAUCCAGGUGGUCCUUUUGUCAAAUCUUACUCUGGGACAUUAUACUGAUGAACAAGGUCAGGAACAUCCAGUUGAUACUUUCUUCCUGAUUCAGGAACUUUUCCUGGCCUUUCCUAGAAUUGUAUUCAUGCUGGGCUUUGUCAUCCUUCUGUUGGUCAUACUGGGCUCCUAUUUCUGCUUCAUUCUGUACCUUGUACUGACCAACCAGACAAGCAACGAAUGGUUUAAAUCUGCAAGAUACACGAACUCCUACUCCGAACAAUACAGCAGGCAGGAAGGCUACAGAAACAUCUACUCCAAAGGAGUCUGGGCCAAUCUGGCAGAAAUUGUGACGCCUCUGACAACUCCUGCAAAGAAAAGGAAGUGAAGCCUUGCACCCAUGGAGCUGGCCAGAGUUUACACCUUACAAAUGUAUCUUCAGUAGAAUGAAUUUUAUUCUAUCAACUAAAGGACUAGUAUACAGAAGUGAAAAAUGAGUUAGCGUAUUACAUUGUUAAUGUGAGCAUGGAGUGCUAUGGUUUGCAUUUUUAAAAGUUUGCCUGCUCAAAAGCCCUGGGGAGGACGUGAUGCGUUGUCAUUGUGGUGGUGAAUGGUUGGUCGCAGUUAGAUAAGAUACGAUUUGAUGUUUUUAUCCACCUAUUCAGUACUUCGCAAGCACUGGGAAAAGCAGAUGCGUCUUAAAAGGUCUCAUUGCAGGAUUUAAGCUUUUUGAGUUAAGCUGCCUUUUGCAAUUGACUGCUGGGACUUUUGUCAAUCAUGUUCCAAGUGUUGCUCCAGAGAUUUUGGGAUUGCACCCAAGAUGCCAAUUACUAUUGAGACUAUCUUUGUUCUCCUUUACCACAGGCUGCUCUAUUUUUUUAUUUGUGUUUGUAUUUUAUGGUUUUCUCCAGUUUUUUCUCUUCUAGUCCGUUGUCUUCAAAUACUGCCAUGUCCACUAUCCAGACUUGUCUUUUUAUGGACAAUUGUGAAGUCUUGAAGUGUUAUGUGGUAGGUGCUUGUCUCUUAUUGUUAUAAUUAUUAUUACAUAUUUUUGGUGAUGUAAGAUGAAUCCCAUUUCCUGCUUCAAAUUCCCACUCCAGAGCCAGUUCUGCAGGUAUCUGGAACUAUGCAAAGCCCUGAACUGCACGAUGUGGGUAUUUGAAAGCUCUAAGAUAGAGGUCUCCAAACUUGGCAACUUUAAGACUUGUAGACUUCAACUCCCAGAAUUCUGGAAGUUGGAAGUCCACAAUCUUAAAGUUGCCAAGUUUGGGGACCUCUGCUCUAAGAGGUCAAUUCUAUAGUUGGGUUCCUCCUAUCCUUAAAUGAUGAGGCUAAAUUACUGUUUGAGGCCUCUAAGCUGCCCUCUUGCACAAUUUUUUUCCUGUUGAAUUACACUGACAUUCCUGGGAGAGAAAUAACCACGGACAGAUUUGAAGCCAUCAGCACUCUCCUUUAAUUACAUCAGAAUACAGCAAUGUAAAAAAUUGUUUGUUUAAAAAAAUAUUUACAAGUUAAAUCAAUAGAUAAUUAAAACCUACAUGGUUGCAAAAAAUGUACAGUGUGGCCUUUCUGAAUAUUCUGGCAAUGCAAAUAAAAGCCACUGGGUUUCCUAAAAUGAUAAAACCCACAUUCC